AAAACAGGUAAUUCACUAUUAAUGAGUUUAGAGACAUGCGAAUAUAGGUUUUUUACAUCUUUUUUUCGACGCGAACUUGACGUGUGUUGCAAUCCAUUCAUUCGAGCUUUUGAAAUUAAAUUCGUAUACAUUUCGAAUAUUAAUAUAUAUUUGGGGCAAAUGUCAAAUCGAUUAAUUAAGUAUUGCAGCCAUCGACAUGUUUAUGCAAACAGCUGAGUUGGGAGUUUAGACAUGACAUUACAACAAAGAGGCAUGUAGAGAGUAAAGUGCGUCGAUGAAUAUGAAUAUACCCGAUAUUUUGUUGUAUUUUUCGCUGAUUUUAUUUAAAAAUAAUCACAUAUUUCAAUUUCUUAAGCUAUUAUAUGAGAAGUAAGCAAUUUUUCUGCGUUUCAUAAGAGUUGUGGCCACCAUUUAAGGCGGUGAUUAUUUACGGUUAUUUAUUGUUAUGUGUUGCGACAUAUUCAAACUGUUGUAUGCACACAUACCACAUCUAACGAGAUGUCUUUCCUAGUUAUACUGCUCAUUCUCUACAUCAUUUGGGAUGUUAACUACUUCAUUCGUUGCAUUUUCACUGUGUUGGCGGGGCGCCUGUUCCAGAGUAAACGCAAGGUCACUGAUACCACAACAAUCUAUGGUCUCUGCACCUCACAGGAUGUGGACAUCUUCAUACGACACAUGAACAACGCGCGCUACCUGCGAGAGCUGGACUUUGCACGUUUCCAUUUCUAUGCGCUGACUGGACUUUAUGAGCAAGUGCGCGAGCGCAAAGGUGGCGCCGUUCAGGGCGCUUCGAGUGUGCGCUACCGCCGCACCAUACCCAUUUUCCAUCCGUACAAGAUCCAAACCAAGCUGAUUUGGUGGGAUGAGAAGGCUAUUUACUUGGAGCAAUCGUUUGUCACCCUCUCGGAUGGUUUUGUGCGCGCUGUGGCAUUAUCCAAGCAGUGCAUCACCAAUUGUGACGUCACCGAAAUAUUAAAGACCUUCCCUGAAGCAGCAACACGACCGGAAAUGCCGGCAGAGCUGAAACUGUGGUUGGACUCGAUUGAACUGUCUAGUCAGAAGUUGCGCAAGGAUAAAAGAGCGUAAAGCGGAGAGAGUGCUCUCUUUCUUAGUUUUAUAAACUCACUAUUUGGGUGUUUAGGCUUAUUUUUUUUUACCUUUUUCAACGAUCCAUUACUAACUAUGUGGACAGUGAUAUGGAAAUAAAGUUUUUAGCUAUAAAAACAA